GACUUGUCAUCCCUGUCCCCAGGAACGAGCUCUCCAGACAGGCAUCGCAUCGUCUGUCUCCCGUAGCGCCGGCCCAAUGUUCAGCCUCAGAUGCGAGCUAUGCGCGUUAUAGGCAUGAUUGGACCAGGAAUGUAACCGUAGCAGUGGCAUUAAAGGGAUCUCUAUUAAUAUAUCGAUACAAAGAGCUGCUUCGGCUCCUCGCUGAAAUUUGUCCUCACGACUUCUUCGUUUUCAAAUUCCAACUUUUAUCUUGUUUUAAGUGCUCUUCAUUCGUUUGGUAUCCUUCGUCACUCGCUUUUCGAAUAAUAUCUCUAGUCAUAAUGCGUGUUUCAGCUUUCGCUAUCCUAUCGUUGGUUUCCGGUGCUCUCGCUGGAAACUGCGGACCCCAGAAUGGAAACCAGCUCUGCGCUAAUAAUGAAUGCUGUAGCCAAUAUGGCUGGUGCGGUACCACACCCGACCACUGCGAUGCCCCAACCUGCCUGCACCCCUUCUCCGGCUCGGCCUCCAGCUGCAAACCCAUCGCCACCGCUACCACCCUCAAAACAAGCGCGACCAAGCAGGCGACCUCCCCAGCUACUUCCUUCCCUACCAGCGUCCCGGUAAUCGAUGUCUGCGGCCACGCCCAAGGCGGCGUAACCUGUCCCGGCGCUGGCACAAACGGCUACUUCUACCGCUGCUGUUCUUCCGCCGGCCACUGUGGCCCCAAGAACGAUAUCCAGGACCAGGCUAUCUACUGCGGUGAUGGGUGUCAGGCAGGGUUCGGAAAGUGCAAUUCAAUGAGCAAGCCGGCAGAGCCUACUGCUCAGAAGGCAGAGGCUGGUGAAGGAGAGACGUGCGGCCCAAUUGUGAAUCGGCAGUGCAAGAGCGGACUGUGCUGUUCUGGAAGCAACUUCUGUGGAAGUGGAGCGGACUUCUGUGGUGCGGCGAACUGGUGCCAGGCGAAGUGGGGGAAGUGCACUUGAACGCUACAGUGGAAGUGUCAUUAAAAAAUUGGAAAAGCAUGAGUUGGAGAAGAUGGGUAGAUUAAUGCGGGUGAUAAAAACUUGGCCUACAAAAGGUCUAAAAAGGACUUAGAGAUGGACCAGAGGAAGGACAUGCGAAUAAUAUAAUGCCAGCAGUCGUACCUCAAAAAUGUGGAUCACAGUGGGUUCACUACCGUUAUCUUCACUAUAUCAUGAUAGUUAUUGCUUUCAUGACUCACUCUUCACAGAUUAAACGUCCUCGUAGCCUGAUAAAACUUUUCUCUCCUCAGGUACCUGAAUCAGAAGCAACAUAUAUUGCCUGUCUAGCCAUGGCGAAAGAAGCAAAUCAUAGCCCAACGAGAGCCCAAUCCCAAGAUCCAGACCUAUUUUUCCGCGGC